AUGUCCACUCAACCAAUUAUUCAAAGACGUAUAGCUCUUCCCGCUCGGGUUGAACCUAAAGUGUUCUUUGCCAACGAAAGAACCUUUCUUUCUUGGCUACAAUUUACAGUUGUGUUAGGUGGUCUUGCGAUUGGACUUCUCAACUUUGGAGAUAGAGUUGGGAAAAUCUCGGCUGCUGCGUUCACCUUUGUUGGGCCGCAAAGAUACGGAAAAGAGAAGAGGGGCCCUAUGAUGAUAGAUUUGGGCCAACAAUUCUUUGCAUUUUCCUCGGGCAGUAAUCAUCAACUUCGCACUCCGGCUUACGUCAACGUCAGGAACACAUUAGUAACAAAUUCUUAA